AUGGCUUCCAACGGCGCCAACGGCGGAUCUCCGUCACCCAAAGUCCAGCCCUGCAGGUACAAAGUCGGCAAGACGCUCGGCGCCGGUUCCUACUCCGUUGUCAAGGAAUGUGUCCACAUUGACACCGGUCGCUAUUAUGCCGCAAAAGUCAUUAACAAGCGAUUGAUGGCCGGUCGAGAGCACAUGGUCCGCAAUGAAAUCGCAGUCCUGAAAAAGGUCUCCAUGGGCCACCAGAAUAUCCUGACACUCGUCGACUACUUCGAGACGAUGAACAACCUCUACCUCGUGACCGAUCUAGCUCUCGGCGGCGAGCUCUUUGACCGCAUCUGCCGCAAAGGUUCAUACUACGAAUCCGACGCCGCAGACCUUAUCCGGGCGACGCUUUCCGCCGUUGCUUAUCUGCACGACCACGGCAUCGUCCACCGCGAUCUGAAGCCCGAGAACCUCCUUUUCCGUACACCAGAAGACAACGCAGACCUCCUCAUCGCCGAUUUCGGACUGAGCCGCAUCAUGGACGAGGAGCAGUUCCACGUCCUGACCACGACAUGCGGCACACCUGGCUACAUGGCCCCCGAGAUCUUCAAGAAGAUUGGUCACGGCAAGCCCGUUGACGUAUGGGCGCUCGGCGUUAUCACCUACUUCCUUCUGUGUGGCUACACGCCCUUCGACCGCGAUAGCGAUUUCGAGGAGAUGCAAGCCAUCCUGAACGCCGACUACAGCUUCACCCCCUUUGACUACUGGCGCGGUGUUUCCGACCACGCCAAGGACUUCAUCCGUCGCUGCCUCACCAUCGACCCGAACAAGCGCAUGACGGCGCAUGAAGCCCUACAACACCCCUUCGUUGCUGGCUAUCUCAACAACGGCGAGGGCGAAGGCCAGAACCUGCUACCCACUGUCAAGAAGAACUUCAAUGCUCGUAGGACGCUGCAUGCUGCAAUUGACACGGUUCGGGCCAUCAAUAAGCUCCGCGAGGGUCAGAGCAACUUGAUGGACGGUGCCAAGUCGAGAGAGCCUGGACGUGGCGCUGCAGCUCUCAAGGCCCAGCAAAAUGCAAGGAAGGACGAUAGCGCCAUCAGCCUAGGCAGCCAGGGCCAUAAGGAUUCAGGCUAUGGAACACAACCCGAAGUCGACAGCCAAAAUGAUGUGGUCAUGACCGAUGUGGGUCCGAUACCCAGCAGUGUCCCAGCAAGUCUGCGGCCUGGCAGUGACCAGAACAAGUUCGUGGAGACGAGCAAGGGAUUAUGGAGUGGUCCAGCAUUGCGGCGAUAG